CGACUUCCCUCACCGCACCACUCCAACUCCGGACGCCGACGAGUACAUACGUACAAAUUGUUUGUUUUCUCACUACGAUUUUGUCAACUACGACUCCGGCGCAACUUAGUGAUGUUUGGACUGCCCUAAUAAUUGUGAAUUUGUGUUAAAUAAGUACUUUAAGACGAUUUAAGUUUAGUGUUAGUGAACUCAGUGAAUGAUGCUUGUGGAGGACUCGCAGACCGCUCGUGCGAUGAUGACGAAGAAAUACGCUCAUUGCCCAUUGAAGAAACGGCCGGUGCUGGUGCGGGAGGAGCGGCCAGCGACACCGCCUACUACGCCGCCUCACCCCGCCCACCUGGCUACCACGAGGCUCUACUACGACUAUCAUUGUGAUAAUGAAAGAGAUGAACCAGAAAAUCUCAGCACAAAGCCUGAAGAUCUAUCUAAAACUGGAAAUUAUCCAAGCAAAGCUUCAUCACCAAUGGCUGCAACAGCAGUAAAAGUUGAACCUCGGGAAUGGUCACAACAACAUCUGGAAUACUUGGCGGCUUGCCGUGCCCGUCUGGAGCCAGCACCCACCGAGCUAGCACGACCGACUCCACAAUAUGCUUAUCUGCCGACGCUGUACGCCCCGUAUCAUCCACUGGAAGAGCUGUAUCCAGCAGCGCCGGCUCUGUCUCCUCCUGCGCACCCGCCGCUUUACGCGCAUUACUCGCCCGCCUCACCGCCCUCUUCAAUUUCUCCACCACCUUGUCCGGAAGAUUUACGCUCGCCGGGUUCUGUAUCCUCAGAUUCCGGUGUAUCGGUCUCUGCUCCACGUCGUCCCCGUUACCAAUGUCCUGAUUGCGCAAAAUCUUAUUCGACAUACUCUGGACUAUCCAAACAUCAACAAUACCAUUGUGCAGCGGCCGAGGGAAGUCUGGCGAGAAAAUCUUUCAGCUGCAAAUAUUGUGCAAAAGUAUACACUUCCCUUGGAGCUCUCAAGAUGCACAUACGAACUCAUACUUUGCCUUGUAAAUGCCAUUUAUGUGGUAAGGCAUUUUCCAGACCAUGGUUAUUACAAGGGCACAUUAGAACACAUACUGGUGAAAAGCCAUUCUCAUGCCAUCACUGUCGGCGUGCUUUCGCGGACAGGUCCAACUUACGAGCUCAUCUCCAAACCCAUUCAGAUGUGAAAAAAUACUCUUGUUCAGGAUGUGGAAAGACAUUUUCCCGCAUGUCUUUGCUUACCAAACAUUUGGAAGGUGGUUGCAGCGCUCCCGGCAGUUUUCCUUAUGAAUACCGACCUGAAAAUGUACCGUCGUCACACCCACACCAACAACUAGCUCCCACGCCGACUGUUCAUGCCUAUUAAAAGACUGAACACUGUAGUACCUUCGAUCUCGUACUAGGUCUAAAUGAAUACAUUAUAUUUCAUCGCACUAAGAUUAUGUAAAACUAACUUAUUUUUGUAAAAAAAUAUGUGCGUGUGGAAAUCCUAACUAAGACCAUUGUACAUUUAAAUUAUAUAACUUUGUUUAAGCUAGUUUUAGUCUAUAGGUUAGAUAAGUCGCUCGAUAGAUGCGGCUUUGCUAGUCAUGUGGCAUUUGCCGAGUGUCAUACACUUAUGAAACUUAUAUUUUAAUUGUAAGCCAUGUACAAAGUGCCUUAAUUAUAAAAAUAAUUAAUAUAUUCUUUGAAAAAAUAUAACUGUAUGUCCUAAGACGCUAUUAUUGUAUAAAAUAUUACGAAAUAGUACCAAUCAUGAGGCUAUCAGAGCUGACAGUCGAUUACGUUCCUUUCUGUUACCUCCUAUACAGAGAAAAUAAAUCAUACUCAAAUUGAAGUCA